AGAUAAGUCACUUUCAUUGUCACGCUAACAAAUUCACAUUCACAUUCAUCUCUCCCAGCGCACUUUCCGAAUUUCACGCUUGCUUCACCUUCUUCUUCCUCUUUCUCUGCUCAAUUGUUGACUGAUUCUCCAUAAUUGGAACAACUAUGGUUGAUUAGUUCAUAGAUUCCAUCUUCUUCAUUGAGUUAUCAAGUUGUGAUUGAUAGUCAUGGAAGCUAGAUUUGGCGCCGAAUCUCUGUACGAUCCGAGGGUUGUUUUGGGGAACAGGUCGUCGACGAUGGAGUGGGAUUUGAAUAGUUGGAAGUGGGACGGUGAUCUUUUCAUAGCCAGGAAGCUCACUCCGGUGCCGGAGCACCGUCAAUUCCUGCCUCCUCUCCCUGGUUCAUCCAACUCCAACACUUCCUCUUCCUGCUCCGAUGAGGCGGAUCUCAGGAUUCGAAACGAAGGGGAGAGGAAGAGGAGGGUUAUUCAGCAUGAAGAGGAUGCUGCUGGUACCCUUAGUUUGAAGCUUGGUGGUGGUAAUCUUGCUACAAUUUCUAGCUGGGAAGGGAGUAACGGGAAGAAAAGUAGAGUCGCCGGCGGAGGAGCUGCUUCGAAUCGAGCCCUUUGUCAGGUGAAGGAUUGCGGCGCAGAUCUAACCGUCGCUAAAGAUUAUCACCGGCGUCAUAAAGUUUGUGAGGUGCACUCCAAGGCUACUCAAGCCCUUGUGGGAAACGCUAUGCAGCGCUUCUGCCAACAAUGUAGUAGGUUUCACUUGCUUCAAGAGUUUGAUGAGGGAAAGAGAAGCUGUCGGAGGCGUUUGGCGGGCCAUAAUAAACGGAGGAGGAAAACGAAUCAAGAUGCUGCUCCGAAUGGAAGUUCACUAAAUGAUGAUCAGACAAGUGGUUAUUUGUUGAUAAGUUUAUUGAAGAUACUUUCAAAUAUGCAGCAAUCUGACAGGUCAAAUCAAACAACAGAUCAGGAUCUGCUAACUCAUCUUUUAAGAAGUCUUGCUAAUCAGAAUGGUGAACAAGGAGGCAAGAACUUGUCUAACCUUUUGCAGGAACAAGAGAAUUUAUUGAAAGAAGGGAGUUCAUCUGGGAAAGCUGGGACGGUUUCCACUCUAUUCACAAAUGGUUCUCAAGGCUCCCCAUCUGUUACUAGACAGCAGCAAACAGUUUCUAUUAGUGAAAUUCCCCAUCAAGUGAUGCAUGCACAGGAUGCUAGGGCUGCUGAUCAACAAACCAUGUCUUCUACAAAGCCUAGCAUUUCAAACAGCCCUCCGGCUUACUCAGAAGCCAGAGAUAGUACUGCUGGACAGACCAAGAUGAAUAACUUUGAUCUGAAUGACAUAUAUAUUGACUCAGAUGAUGGCAUAGAAGACAUAGAAAGGUUGCCUGUCUCUGCAAAUCUGGCUACUAGCUCUCUUGAUUAUCCAUGGAUGCAACAGGAUUCUCAGCAGUCAAGCCCACCUCAAACAAGUGGAAAUUCAGAUUCUGGAUCUGCCCAGUCCCCUUCUAGUUCCAGUGGAGAAGCCCAGAGUCGCACGGAUCGUAUUGUUUUCAAACUCUUUGGUAAAGAACCAAGUGAUUUUCCUCUUGUACUUAGAUCACAGAUUCUUGAUUGGUUAUCCCAAAGUCCUACUGAUAUUGAGAGCUAUAUACGGCCUGGUUGUAUCAUUUUGACUAUUUAUCUGCGUCAGGCUGAGGCUGUCUGGGAAGAGCUUUGCUAUGAUCUGACUUCCAGCUUGAAUAGGCUUCUGGAUGUCUCAGAUGAUCCUUUUUGGAGAACUGGAUGGGUUCACAUAAGGGUGCAACAUCAGAUAGCCUUCGUUUUCAAUGGUCAGGUUGUUAUAGAUACAUCCUUACCUUUCAGAAGUCACGAUUAUAGCAAGAUUUUAAGUGUUAGUCCAAUUGCUGUACCAGCAUCGAAGACAUCUCAAUUUUCUGUUAAGGGUAUCAACCUGAAUCGCCCCGCCACUAGGUUACUGUGUGCUAUAGAAGGGGAUUAUCUGGCAUGUGAAGAUGUUAAUGAGUCUACAGAUCAACACUCCAAGGAUCUUGAUGAGCUUCAGUGCAUCCAGUUUUCAUGUUCUGUCCCUGUGAUGAAUGGAAGAGGAUUUAUUGAGAUUGAGGACCAGGGGUUGAGCAGCAGCUUUUUUCCUUUCAUUAUCGUGGAGGAGGAUGUUUGCUCUGAAAUCUGUGUGCUUGAGCCUUUACUAGAAUUAAAUGAUACUGAUCCAGAUAUUGAAGGGGCUGGAAAACUUAAAGCCAAAUCUCAAGCCAUGGAUUUCAUUCAUGAAAUGGGUUGGCUUCUCCACAGAAGCCAAUUGAAAUCUCGGAUGGUUCACUUGAACUCUAGCGAAGAUCUUUUUCCAUUAAAUCGAUUCAAUUCGCUAUUGGAUUUCUCUGUGGAACAUGAUUGGUGUGCAGUAGUUAAAAAACUGUUGAACCUCCUGCUUGAUGGAGCUGUGCAUACAGGAGAUCACCUUUCCCUGUCUCUUGCACUUUCAGAGCUCGGCCUCCUUCAUAAAGCUGUAAGGAGAAAUAGCAGGAAAUUGGUGGAGCUACUUUUGAGAUAUGUUCCUGAGAGUACUUCUGAUAAACUAGGACCUGAAGACAAGGAACUUGUUGAUAGAAAGAACCAGGUCUUCUUGUUUAGACCUGAUGCUGCUGGUCCUGCUGGUUUGACACCACUCCACAUAGCAGCUGGGAAAGAUGGUUCUGAGGAUGUACUGGAUGCUUUAACUAAUGAUCCUUGCAUGGUGGGAGUUGAAGCAUGGAAGACUGCUCGUGACAGCACUGGCUCCACACCUGAAGAUUAUGCACGUUUACGUGGGCAUUAUACUUACAUUCACUUGGUGCAAAAGAAAAUCAACAAGAGACAAGUAGGGUCUCAUGUGGUUGUUGACAUUCCCAACAAUCUGACCAGGUUCAAUGCAAACGAGAAACAAGAUGAGUUGUUGUCCACUAGCUUUGAGAUUGGAAAGGCUGAAGUCAAAAGUGUCCAAAAGCUCUGCAAACUUUGUGAUCUUAAGUUAUCUUGUAGAACUGCUGCAGGCAGGUCCUUGGUGUACAAACCUGCAAUGCUGUCAAUGGUGGCCGUGGCAGCAGUUUGUGUCUGUGUGGCUCUUCUGUUUAAAAGCUCACCAGAAGUUCUGUAUAUAUUCCGACCCUUCAGGUGGGAAUCGUUGGAGUUCGGGACAAGCUGAGGUAAUUAACUUACAAAUUUGAUAGGCAAUGUAAUGUGAUAGGAUGCGUUGUUUAGACUGUAUGAGUAUGACCGAGAUUUCCAGCAGGAGCGUUUCUUUGUAUUGGCUAAAUUGUGUAAUGAUAUUUACAUAUGUAUUAGGGAUGUGGUUCCUUGUGUGACUGCAUCUGCGUGUGUGGAUUUGGUUUUAUUUUUCUUUCUCAAACCCCAUUUGGUAGAAUCCUUCUAUGAUGGUGUAAUACUUGUAAGUUGUAACCUUCAGUUUUGCAUUGUAGCAACAAUAACGAGCGUAUUUAAAUGAUAUUUGUAUUGAACAAAAAUAAAGAACAUUGAUAAUCAUAUAAAAUGACUGUCUGGUUAUAUC